AUGGACGUCGAAACCCACUUUAUUAAUUCCAAGGGUGGAGAUCAGUGGAUGGUAAAUGAGGGCAAUAAGAUUAUCACCUCUUCUAUGGAAGCUCGUCAAGCGGAAUUGGAGGCCGAGGGUCACCGAGCUAUCAUUGUUUGCGCAGGAGGCGCCCAUCCACUAGCCUUUGUCGCUCACGCUCUGACCUUCGUGGAGAUGUUGGAGCAGUCCAAGAACGCGGGAGUCGAACUGGACUAUAUCUAUCAUACGGCGGGUACUGGCACAGCACUACCGGGUAUGCUUGCUGGCAAGCUUCUCACAAGGUCACCGGUCAAGAUCCGCUCUAUAACCAUCAAUGCCUAUGGAGAUAAAGCUGGUGAUGUCUCCUUCAUUGGCAUUCAGACCAUAGUCGAUCGAGUCAAGGGCAUCUUCGAACGUCUAGAAGUCUUGCCACCUUCCGACGAUGUAAUUCGUGCAGAGAUCAACCUCGACCAGGGCUUCAUUGGUGAAGAUUAUGGCGUUCCUAGCACUGAAAGCAUUUCAGCUAUCCAGGAACUUGCACGAGCCGAAGGCGUCUUCCUUGGGCCUGUUUAUACCGGUAAAGGUUUCGCAGGUCUGCUUCAUCAUGUUCGAAGUGGCAAGGUUCCAAUGGGGUCUAAUGUGGCAUUCCUUCACACUGGAGACGCUGCUAAUCUUUUUGAAUCAUCUGCAGUAGUCGGCGAGAUAGUAGAUGGUAUCAAAAGCGACUAG